ACAAAAUCACCAGGCUUGCACUCAUCCAAAUUCUCUCCAGCCUUAAUUCUUUAGUUCAGGAAAGCCCAAAAUCAGAAGGACAGGAAAUAUGAGUUCUGCAAGCAAAGCUUGGGUGGUGGCAGCAAGCAUUGGGGUGGUGGAGGCAUUGAAAGAUCAAGGGCUCUGUAGGUGGAACUAUGCAUUGAGAUCAGUUCAACACCAUGCCAAGGCCAACAUCAGACAAUAUUCCCAGGCUAAAAGGCUGUCUACCCCAUCUUCUCCUGCUUGGUCAAAGAAACUGAGAGAUGACAAGUUGAAGCAAUCUGAAGAGUCCCUAAGAAAAGUUAUGUAUUUAAGCUGUUGGGGUCCUAAUUAACCCCUCCUCCCUACAUUAUUUUGGGUAUAUAAUGCUAAAAUUUCCAUCAGAAACAUGGCUUAACUUCCUUUUUCUUU